UACAAAUUUAAGUUUUUGAGUCGAUUGCCAAAGCCUGUCGGUGCAUAGAAAUUCCGGCGACAUUAAUCCAAAAUUCUCACUCACAUUUCCCUCCAAGGGAAAAGGGCGGGAAAAAUGAGGAAAACAAAAUUUUAACCUCGGGUAUUAUUAUUAUGCACAGUUUCACAACGCAAAGAUAUGCAAAACACACAGAUUUUUCUGUCACAAUUCUGCAUACAUUUCCGCAAAGCAUUAGCUCAUGGAUUCCGAUUCCGACUCCGACGGCUCUCACAUAUCUGCAACACCGCCGCGAGAUCUCCAACCACCUCCGCCUCCGCCGCCGCCGACUCUGCCACCAAUUCUUCUCUCUUCCACCAAAACCAGAACUAAGGUUAAAGCAGCUCCGAAACCAAUACGAUUCACAAAUCGAGCAAAACCACCAGCAAAAUCUAAACCCAAACCUCUUCCACAAGACCCCUCACCUAAACCUAACCCUAACCCUAAUCCUAAUCCUAAUCCUAAUCCUAAUCCUUUACCUACCCUCUCCGAUUUACCAUUUCCGAUUCGCCUUCAUUCAGAUCCAAAUCACACAGCUUUUGAUAAUCACAGCACGAACAAUUUUCGUGCUUGUCACUUAUUCUUACCGAAAUUGUCUUUUUCAAAGUCGCAGAGGCCUUAUCUGAACUUUGAAUCUACAGAAACUGAUUAUACACAACCCAAAACUGAGGUAAUCGGAGGUGAAGCUAGUAAUUUUGGGAAUUCAGCUAAAACCCUAAAGAGACACCCUAAUUCGAUAAGUGGGAAUGUCAAUAUAAGUGUGCCUGCUGUAAAGCGGAAAUUUGUUAGCGAAGGGAACUUUGUGAAGCUAAACAUCAAUGGCCAUGGAAGCAAGUUCAAAUACAAAGGCAGAAACAAGAAUUACAGUUCAUCUAGUGGUCGAAGGCCUUUCAGGAGGAGAAGUAAGGGAAAAUUGAAAGGCGAGGGCAAAGGCGAAGCGGAAAUGGAUGUGUUGUCUGAUGAAGAUGGUUUGGUUUCCGAAUGUGCACAGAGGCAGGACGUGAAAGAGAGAGGUGGGUUGGGUUCUGGUUGUGAGUUGAUUGAAGAGGCAGUUUCGGAGGUUCGAAAAGAGGCGUCCGAUGAGAAUUUGCUGAAGCUGUUGAAGCUUACACAUGGUUAUGAUUCGUUCAGGGAUGGGCAAUUGGAGGCAAUCAAGAUGGUGCUUGCUGGGAAAUCGACCAUGCUGGUUUUGCCAACCGGGGCGGGAAAGUCCCUGUGUUAUCAGUUAUCUGCGAUGGUUUUACCGGGGAUUACACUGGUUGUGAGUCCAUUAGUGGCUUUGAUGAUUGAUCAGCUAAAACACCUACCACCAAUGAUCCAGGGUGGUCUUCUCUGCAGCACUCAGUCACCUGAAGAAUUUUCUGAAACCCUGAGGCGGCUACAAGAAGGAGUUAUUAAGGUCUUGUUUGUUUCACCAGAAAGGUUCUUAAAUGCCGAAUUUAUAUCUAUAUUUUCUGCCACUCCACUUAUAUCACUUGUGGUGGUGGAUGAAGCCCACUGUAUUUCUGAGUGGUCACAUAAUUUUCGGCCUUCAUAUAUGAGGCUCAGGGCAUCUUUACUUAAUGAUAUGCUUAAUGUUCAAUGCAUUCUUGCAAUGACUGCAACAGCGACCACCAAAACUUUGAAUGAUGUAAUGUGUGCUCUAGAGAUUCCACUGAUAAAUCUCAUCCAGAGAGCUCAAUUGAGGGACAACUUACGAUUGUCAGUAUCUUUGAGUAAAAAUAGAAUGAAAGAUCUGAUGAUGUUGCUCAAAUCUUCUCCCUUUGUGGACAUUCAAAGCAUUAUUAUUUACUGUAAAUUCCAGUCUGAAACUGACUCAAUAAGCAAAUAUCUAUGUGAUAACAAUAUCUCAGCAAAGAGUUACCACAGUGGUAUACCGGCAAAGGAUCGGAGCCGCACUCAGGAAUUGUUUUGUUCCAACAAGAUAAGAGUGGUUGUUGCAACGGUGGCGUUUGGCAUGGGGCUUGAUAAGAGGGAUGUAGGAGCUGUUAUCCAUUACAGCUUGCCAGAAAGUUUGGAAGAGUAUGUUCAGGAGAUUGGACGUGCUGGACGGGAUGGGAGAUUGUCUUAUUGCCAUUUCCUUUUCGAUGAUGUUACUUAUUUUAAGCUUCGUAGUCUUAUGCACAGUGAUGGGGUGGAUGAAUAUGCAGUAAACAGAUUUCUCUGUCAAGUUUUCAGUACUGAAAUGGGUUCACCUGGGAAAAUUUGUUCAUUAGUCAAAGAAUCCGCGUCUCGUAAAUUUGAUAUGAAAGAAGAGGUGAUGCUGACCAUUUUAACACACUUGGAGUUGCAAGAAACACAAUAUUUGCGUUUGCUUCCACAGAUUAAUGUAACAUGCACUUUAAAUUUCCAUCAGACUCCUCCAGCAAUGCUUGCUGCCAAAGAUACUUUGAUUGCAGCAGUUCUGAAGAAGUCUGAGAUGAAGCAUGGGCAACAUGUGUUUGACAUACCCACUGUGGCAAAUAGUAUUGGUGUUUCGGCUAUUGACAUAUCAAAUCAAUUGUUGAAUCUAAAGUUAAAGAGAGAAAUAACAUAUGAGAUGAAGGAUCCAGCCUACUGCUACACAAUUGUGGAUCUCCCAAAAGAUUUUUGUUCCCUUGCGACACAACUUACAAAGUGGUUAUCAGACGUUGAAAGUUGUAAGGUCCGAAAAAUAGAUGCAAUGUUUAAUGCUGCAAUUUUUGCGGUAAAAGUGUGUGAGAAGAUGCACGGUUGCUACGAUGCCCAACAUACGUCAUGCUUGCAGAGGAAUAUUUUGCAAUACUUCAGUGGAGAUGGUGAUUGUGAUGGUGAUGUCCCUAAUAAGAUGGCUCAAAGCAGCCCAUUUUUGCGAGCAGAUAUAAAGGUGUUUCUGCAGAGUAAUUCGCAGGCUAAAUUCACCCCCAGAGCCGUUGCAAGGGUAAUGCAUGGCAUCGCAAGCCCAGCCUAUCCUUCUGCAACUUGGUCUAAGACCCAUUUCUGGGGAAGAUAUAUGCAGAUAGACUUCCAAGUGGUAAUGGAAGCAGCAAAGGUAGAGCUCAUGAAUUUUGUCGGGAAGGAUGUUAUCUAGCUGUUUGCAUUUGUGGCAUAAUUCACUCAGCUACAAGUAAUUUGGACAGCCAUUUAAAGAUACAUUAUAUUUGCAGGUUACGUGGUUCAGAAUUGGCAAAUAGCAUCUUUGACCCAAAAUGUGCAGUUGUUGAUUUUAUAAGGAACAUCAUUUCAGGUGCUAAGUUAUGACAGCAAAAAGUAUGUCAUGAUGCACAUGCACAUACCGGCUUGUACGAAGGCCAUGCCAGGUUGAGGUCUAUCAUCAACUGUGAUUCAGUUCAACUCCACAGUAUGACGAGUACUGGCCGAGCUCUGUUAUAUUGAUAAAGAAAACGUGUCCGGCUCACAGGAAUGAAUCAACCUUUCAAGUUACCAUCAGCUGCCAGUGGAAUUUGAAGAAAACGGGUAUGAGAAAAAUACCAUAAUGAAAACUUUGCUGGUUGCUGUAUUGGUUGCCACUCAGGUGACUGAUAUUAUUUAAAAGAUGAAGUGCGGAAAUGGGAUUAUGGGCAGAUGAAGUUUAUCAUGAAGGUGCUCUUGACAUGAGCUCAUGCCCCUGUAAUAGUUUUUGUUUUUGUUUAAUGAGAGUACGCAAACAUAAAAAUUAUUCUUUGUAAAUUGGGAAAUUUUGUUUAUGCUUUUGAGAAGACUAUUGAAUGUGUUGUGCACGCAAAAGGAAGUCAAGCGUGCCAGAAUUGUUUAGAAAUCUUUUAUGGUGUAAAUUAGACUAGAAGUAAUUAAGAUCCAAGGUUUCCACAUGGGUUAUUCUUU